AUGAACCAAAGGAAGACACGUAGGCAAGUAGGUAUUACUUCUUCAGAGUAUGUUAGUAAAAUAUGUGACUUACUUCCAUCGAAUGAAGGAAGGCAAUCGAUGAUUUACUGGUUAAUUCGGGCAUAUGGGAUUGAUUCUGCGUGUGAAUAUGUUAUACCGAUUGAAAGAUCAACGCCUGCUGAUCUUAAAAAAUUCCAUGACGCUAAAUUUGUAGAUGUAUUACUAGAAAGAAGACCUAAUGUAGAUUCUGAUGCUAUUAAUGCUGACGAAUUGCUUCUUGGAAGAAACUUAAGGAGCUUUAAAGACAGCUCCAAAACUAGAAAGAGCGUAGGAUCCAUGGCAAUUCAAAAUAUAAGAGAUGCAAUUGCACAAAAGGUAUUUAACUCUGAUACUGAUGAUUCUGAUCCCGAUUCCGAUUCGGAUUCAGAUAAUGAUGAAGUUGGUAUCAGCGAAGAUGAAAAGCGCCAACAGCGGUAUUCAUCGCAUACGCUUGUAAGUGCUUUAGACAAGUAUCUCGAUACAUUUGGCUUGAAAUACGACUGUGUUGUAUUUCCAUUUCUAAGUGAUUAUGUUCAAUUGGUUGCUGGUUCAACAAUUAGCACUGCAAAUUAUCUUAUAAAAAAUAGUAAACUCAAAGACGUAGAGACUCAAUCAGUUGGAAUAAACUGGUAUGGGGGACGACAUCAUUGUCAUAAGAGUAAGGCUGCUGGAUUCUGCUACGUAAAUGACAUAGUACUUGGAAUCAAUACGUUGAGAACAUUUUACCCUAGAGUGUUUUAUUUAGAUUUAGAUUUGCACCAUGGAGAUGGAGUGGAAACUGCCUUUAAAUUUUCCAGUAAAGUUGUAACCUGUAGCGUUCAUAGGUUUGAUGUCGGAUUUUAUCCUGGAAGCGGUUCUAAAACGGAGAAAGGAAAGUAUUUAAAUAUUCCCACGAAGAAGGGCCUUAGUGACAAGGGACUAGAAAACAUUAUUAAAAGCAUAAUAGCCCCUAUACUCAAGGACUUCUCACCCUCUGUGGUUGUACUACAAUUGGGAAGUGAUGGUUUAGCAUUGGAUGAACAUAAAAUGUGGAAUUUCACGAUUAGAGGAUUUGCUAGAAAUGUUAUGACAAUAGUAGACAGCCUAACAUGUCCCAUUAUGAUCCUAGGUGGUGGAGGCUACAAUAAUUCUGAGACUGCCAAAUUUUGUACAUAUAUGACAAAUUCACUUUUGAAUACUCCUGUCGCUGGUUUCGAUGUUGAUGAAGUCGAAAACGACUCAAUACCUGAACAUCCUUCCUUAGAUGAUUAUGAAAAGGAUGGAUAUAAAUUUUGGACAAAUGAAAAUACUCUUGCGACCAAAAUGGCUGAUGAAAACGAUGAGGAAUAUUUGAAAGAAAUAGAGAAUAGAGUAAUAGCAGAAUGGUUUGACUGA